CCUAAAACCUCUGCAAAACCCAAAAUCUCUCACUUUCUCACCCCCUCCAAGUUUGCUGUCAUCUUUCUCCACUUUCCAUACCACUCCAACUCUCCAAGAAUCAAGCAUGGCCAUAAUCCAAACCCACUUCACCUCCAAGCUCCCCCGAUUCCCCAACUCCAUUCUCAGCUCCGGAAAAGACCCAACUUUGAAACCCAAUUUCGCUCAUUUCACCCGUACAAAACCUCCACGUUUGGUCAUCAGGGCCGCCGGAACUGAUUACUAUAAGACCCUCAACCUCCACAGAAAUGCCACCUUGAAGGAGAUAAAGACAUCUUAUCGAAAGCUCGCUCUACAGUAUCAUCCUGAUUUGAACAAGGACUCUGGAGCUGAGGAGAAGUUCAAAGAGAUUACUGGUGCAUAUGAGGUCCUAUCAGAUGAUGAGAAAAGAACUGCAUAUGAUCACUCUGGUGAUGCAGGCUUACAGGGAGAUUAUGGUUCUUGGACGACAGGUUCAACCGGGGUCACUUUUCAGUUCUAUGGAACGGGUGAAUCGGGAGGCAUUAACGUCAAUGUCAAGUCCACUGGAAGCCAGAUAUAUGAAAUUCGGUUUAAAGAACCCAUUGUAAUUAAAGUUUCGUUUGCUGAGGCAUUUGAAACUUGUGGUGGAAGUGGAGCAGAAUCUAAAUCUAAUGUUGAGGCAUGUGAUGCUUGUGCUGGGAGUGGAGCUGAAUCUGAUAACUGCAUCAAAUCAUGUACUGGUUCUGGAGGAACAGGAGGGCUCAGCGCUGUGAUAGCUACUGCCGUGACAGUAUAUAUCAAUCAUUCUGUUUUUGGGACUUGCAGCCAUUAUUCCAGGGAAAAGAAGUUGUGUUGGGAAGAUGAUUGCAAAGCAGGAGGUGGCAUACAAGUCUGGUACAUCUGCUAAUGAAUGAACUUCAAGAAGACCAGCGAAGAAAAUGAAUUAACAUCUACAUGAGUACUUAUUUCUAUAGUUUGUAGGACUGAUGUUUUAGGAACAGAGCAAUCUGCUGUGGAGUUGAUUGUAGUUGGCUCUUUCUCAAGAAUGAAUUAGAUGUAAGCAUGUAUCCUUGAGAACCAAUUAAUCUGGUUUGAGACCUGAGAAUUUCUAAUACAUGGGUGAUGAGUGUAUGUUAACAAGUGCUUGCGAUGUGUGU